AUGGAGUUAUUGCGGCAUCUUGCUUUGUCAUUACACUUUCUUCUCUUUUUUCAUCACUCACUCUUCUCAUCAUUCCCACUCACAAACUGCUUAACUAUGAAUCAUUCAACCACUAAUGUGUGUCAUGAAGAUGAAAGCAACGCCUUAUUGAAGUUUAAGGAAAGCUUUGUGAUCAGUAAGUCUGCUUCUCAAAAUCCAUUCAGUUAUCCUAAAACUGCUUCUUGGAUUCCAACUACAGAUUGCUGCUCAUCAUGGCAUGGCGUUGAAUGCGACGAUCUCACAGGUCAUGUGACUGGCAUUGAUCUUAGUAGCAGCCAGCUUUAUGGUUCCAUGGAUGGCAAUAGCACUCUUUUCUCACUUGUGCAUCUUCGAAGUCUUGAUCUUUCGGACAACAACUUCAAUCACUCUCAAGUUCCAGCUAGGAUAGGUUAUCUUUCACCGCUAAGGCAUCUGAAUCUUUCUCAUGCCUCUGAAACCACAUUCUCUGGCGAAGUCCCACAUGAAGUUUCACUGCUGCCCAACUUGUUGUCCCUUGAUCUCCGCAGCUAUAUUGGUGUGGAUAAUCCCCAUGAUCCAAUCAACCAUUUAAGACUCAAGACAACCACACUAAGAUCCUUAAUUCAAAACUCAACUAGACUCAAAGAACUCCAUCUCUCUUUUGUGACUAUAUCGUCAUUUGUACCAAAUAUACUCACAAAUCUUACACAUCUGGAGCAACUAUCCCUUUCUUAUUGUGAACUAUAUGGUGAAUUUCCAAUUGGGGUGUUCCAUCUUCCAAAAUUAAGAGUUUUGAAUUUAGAGUACAACAAUAACCUCACUGGUAUGUUGCCUGAUUUUCACUCAAGUUCACUCAUCAGCUUAUUGAAUCUCAGAGGAACAAGUUUCCAUGGUUCUUUACCAGCAUCCAUUGGAAAUCUUAAUUCCUUGUAUUGGUUCUCAAUUUCAGAAUGCAAAUUUUAUGGUUCUAUUCCUUCUUCAAUAGGGAACCUCACUCAGCUUGAGUAUUUUAUGCUUGGAUACAAUAAAAUAAGCGGUGAAAUUCCAUAUUCUAUAGGGAACUUAACCAAUUUAGCACACUUGAGUCUUUUUGAAAAUAACCUUUCUGGUGAAAUUCCUCGUUCUCUCUUUGGCCUAGAGAACCUUGAAACUCUUGUUCUAGGGAAUAAUUUGUUGAAGGGACAAGUAGAGCUUGAGAUGUUUCUAAAGCUGAAAGUGCUAACUGAUCUAGAUAUAUCAUCCAAUAAUUUGGUUUUGACCACUAGGAAAAGUUCUUCCAAUGUAACCCUUCCUCCAAUUCAAGCAUUGGAUUUGGAUUCUUGCAACCUAAGUGGUGAAAUCCCAUCAUGGAUAAUGAACCUAACCGCUUUAUUUUACUUGAGUCUUCAGCAAAAUAACCUGCAAGGUGAAAUCCCUCUCUCUCUGUUUAGACUAGAGAAUCUUGAAUCUUUUUCUUUAAGCAACAAUUUGUUGGAAGGUCAGAUAGAUCUUAAAAGGUUUCUAAAUCUCAAAAGCCUUAAUUUUCUUACCUUAGGACACAACAACUUAUCUCUGCUCAGUGGAACAUUUUCCAUCAAUAAUGCAACCCUUCCUCCAUUAGAAGUACUAGAUUUGGUAUCAUGCAAUGUAGGUGAGUUUCCAGUUGUUAUUUUCCAGCUGGAUGCACUAUCUUAUCUAGAUGUGUCAUAUAAUGAUGUUAAGUCUUUACCUAAUUGGAUAUGCAAUCUAAAAUUACUUGUCUAUCUUGAUUUGUCCUACAACAACUUAAGCAGCGAUAUUCCUUCAUGCAUAGGAAACUUUAGCCAAUCUCUUCAAGCUUUAAUGCUACAAGGAAACAAAUUGGUUGGCCGUAUUCCUCAAACAUAUACAAUUGGAAGUGGCCUUAAGAUGAUUGAUUUAAGUGAAAACAAUUUGCAGGGUCAGUUACCAAGAGCUUUGGUCAAUUGUAGAAUGUUAGAGUAUCUUAAUGUGGGUCAUAACCAAAUUAAUGAUUCAUUUCCCUUUUGGUUGAGCACUCUUCCUGAGUUGAAAGUUAUCUCUCUGCGCCAUAAUGAAUUUUAUGGACCCAUCAUGUGCCCAAAGCCAUGCACAUUUUCUAAGCUUCACAUCCUUGAUUUUUCUCACAACAAAUUCUCCGGAAUUUUGACUCCAGAAAUGAUCAAGAGUUGGAAAUCCAUGAUGAUGUCCAACGCAAGUCAAUUGGCAUAUGAGAAUAAUGUUAUACAGUUCAGUGGAAAAUCUUGGUCUAUUUACAUUGAUUAUGCUUUCACAAUGUCUAACAAAGGGAUUGUGAUGACUUAUCAUGAACUUCAGCACCUCUACUACAUGGUAGCCAUUGAUCUUUCAAGUAACAGAAUUUCUGGAAUGAUUCCAAAUGUCAUGGGUGAGUUGAAAAGUCUUGUCUUGCUCAACUUGUCCAAUAACAUGCUUUCUGGAAACAUUCCUUCUUCCUUACGAAAGCUUUCAAACCUUGAAGCAUUGGACUUUUCUCUCAACAACUUAUCAGGAAACAUUCCUCAGCAAUUAACAGAACUCACCUUUUUAGAGUACUUUGAUGUGUCGUUCAAUAAUCUUUCAGGUCCAAUACCAGAAAACGGACAAUUUUCCACCUUCGAAGAAAACUCGUUUGAGGGAAAUCAAGGGUUGUGUGGGAUUCAAUUGUUGAGAAAUUGUGAAGAUCAUGGUAUGGCUUCAAUGCCUCAAUAUGAUGGAGAUCAAGAUUCAGGAUCCUUGCUUCAAUUUGAUUGGAAAAUAAUUCUAAUUGGAUAUGUAGGAGGACUAGUUGCUGGACUUUCUCUUGGAAAUGCUUUUGGUCCGAAUGUCCUCGCAUGGCUAAGGAGUAUCUUUAAGUGUCUUUUGAUUAUAUUAGUGUGUAGUGUGUAA